CGUGUUAGCUGUUUUAAGACUUUACAUCCAUGAGAUGCUCUUAUAUUUAAGUAAAUUUAGGCUCGAUACGAAGUGAGUGAUUUUUACUGACAACCUUUUCAGGAUACUAGAUAGCGGAGCUCGAGCUUCCUCUUUUGCAAAAAUUAUAUUCUGAUAAGCACUUCGAGGCCAUAACAAUUAUUGCAUAAUAUUUGUACGAUUUCGGAUCUUCACACAAGCCAUAUAAACACUCAACCUCACUGAUUUUUGUUAGCUCCUCUGCCCUAUCGCUUUGAGUGAAUUCAUUUCUGAUUCAUAACAAAAAAAUAGCGAUGGCUGAAACACCUGUCUUGAUCGACAAGAGAUGACAAAGAUCACUUCGAAUUAUGACAAGUAAAUAUAUAAGUAUAUUAGACACCCUAAAAACAAUCAAAGAAAAACACAUCUCAUAUAUGCCCAAUCAAUCUCGUAUAUGUAAAGCAAUUCAUUGGCUUAUUAUUUAAAUGUACUCGACUUUGCAUAUAAAUAGUAUAAGCCUCGUAAGCUUGAUAACAAAGACAUCGCGUCUCAAGCCAGAUGUCGAGGUUCCUUGCCCAAGUCAGGGUAUCGGGGUGGAGUUUGUUUUCACGAGGUUCCUCGCCCAAAUCCGGGUAUCGGGAUGGAGUUUGUUUUCACGAGGUUCCUCGCCCAAGCAGGGUAUCGGGGUGGAGUUUAUUUUCACGAGGUUCCUCGCCCAAGUCAGGGUAUCGGGGUGGAGUUUAUUUUCAAUGCAGUGGCCCUGCUGAUGGUGGCCCUGCGGCAUCAACAAAUUACUUCGAUUUAUAUGAGCUAGUGAGACACAGGGUGCCUUGUGUACCGAUCUAAAAAUAGUUACGGAGAAAAUAUCACCUUAUAUAUAAAAGAAGUAUUUGCAUAGUUAUCCAAACAUUUGGUCUAUUCUUUUCUACUUGGUUGUUGUCAUGCAUUUCAAUAUCUAAGCGUUUUCAAGGGGGCGGUCCAAUUGAUGUCCUUAUUAUCUUAUUAGCUCUAAAGUACAUUUAAUCAAGAAUUUUUAAGACCAGCGGAUAAAGUUGAACAAACCAAACACUGAGUUCAAAGCAAAAUCUCUGGUUCGUAGGUUCCAAAGUGUGUUUUCACCGAUACGUUUGACUGCUCAAUGUAACCCACAGCGAGGCAAAGACCGGCUAAUGAGCAAGACGAGAACAAAAGACGGAUUACUAAUAGAUAAAUCAAGGCUCAUGAUGGACGCGUACAUGGGUGCUUACAUAAAGGAUCUAGUGAAAGGCUUGUAGAGAGGUCAAUGAUGCGUACGAACCCGUUUACAAGCAUCGUGUCCUCGUUUGGGAGGACAAUGUACUAGCUCGUAAUGUAGGUUUGAACAAAGUUCCAGUUAUUGUUGGCAAGUGAGGGUUUACCAGGUCUCGCGCUUUUCUACUGUGUGUUUCAUUUACUGCCUUUGAACGAAAGACCGACGUAAGCCCGAUCAUGGUCAUCAUGGACUUCUUUAAGAGAUGCGAUUCCGAAUGCACUGCAAACAGUAAUGACGACCUUACGACGGUGAAAAAUAUCAGCAACACAGCCAACUUAAAAUCGUAUCUUCGUAACGCAUCAACCAAUCAUAUUCCAGAUCCAUAUCAGUGCACUUUACAAAUACGAACUAAAAAAGGCGAAGGUGGAUUUUUAAAGAACUUGUAUAGACCACUCCUAGAAGGAAUUGACCCAACCUUCCAGUUUAUUUGUAUCGAGGAGAGUGAAGACGUAGAAUAUCCACUGACAGUCUGGGGCGACAAUCUCCCGAGCUCCUCUGACAACUUCGUGUGUACAAGCCUCAGUGUUGUACUUUUCCUUAGGGAGACAUUCGGGCGUCUGUCGGCUCUAUCUAUGCAGAAGAAUCUGGGCGCCGAGCCAUGGCGAUUCCAUCAUCGUAUUGAGCUUCCGCUGGAUGUUAGACCCCGAGUGACGGCUCGACAAGAUUUCUAUCAGGCGUUCCCCGAACUUCCACUCUGGGCGAUCUCCCCAGUGCAUUAUGGGAAUGAGCACUUGCGUUUUCACAUCGUUGUUAAGAACUUCAAUCAAAUGAAAUAUUUCUACGAACUGUUAACUGGUGUCACGCCUCGCGGAAAUUCACCGGGUUUUUGUUAUUUCCCAAUUUACACUCAAAAAGGGCUUGACAUUCAAAUAUCUUUAAAGUGUCUACCACAGGUAUCCCCUAGACCCUCCAGUGGAUAUAAGCUCCAGUUCAAAGUUGAGAACGUCGGUAGCUUAGCGCCUUACUGUGGGGGACCUUUGUUACCCUACGGACGAAACUCGUGGAUGACGAAUGAUCCCGAUGGGAAUUACGUCAUAUUAGAAGAUGUUGGAACACGUGAUUUACAUUUCGGAAUCUGCGAGAACCAGGACACGUCAGAUUACGAGACUGCAUCCGAGAGCUUUGGGAGCUCAGGUCAGGACUCGCUUAGUGAGGCACUCGGGGGGCACUCGGGAAGCACUCGGAUACCUUGAUGACUCUGACUGCAGGUUUAGUGGUUCGAGUUUGAAAGCAGACUUAGUAUAACCACACGUAUCCUAUCACGGGAUCAUGGAGUAGCUUAAACAGCUUGGAGUAGCUAUUUCUUGAGGAAUCAGGGUCAGUAAGGUAUAUCCAAACUCUCAGUCUGUUUUAAAACAAGAAAAUAUGUUUAUUGGAAGUUACACCAGAAAAUAUCUUUUUUGGAAGUAACUCAGCAAACUCAGGUUUGCGCGUACAGUAUCUGUCAGUUUCCAUCUCUCUUUCGCCCUGAGCCUGGAAUAAAGAUGGAAUAAAUGUG